UGUGCUCAUUAAAAACAGAACCUGUAAUGUGCCUGAGCAUGUGUGCGCAAGCAGCAGACAUUAAUAAGCAGGCCAUUUGCAUCCAUUGAGUUUUCAAGAUGAGCUGACUUCAAGGCUGCCAAUCCCGUAGCCGAGCAUUUGGCAGCAGUUCCAGUAGUACGCUAUGAUAUGGUGCAUUAUGGACAUUCCAAUCAGUUGCGACAAGCUCGUGCAAUGGGAGAUUACCUGAUUGUGGGUGUCCACACAGAUGGUGAAAUAUCCAAACAUAAAGGCCCCCCUGUCUUUACUCAAGAAGAAAGAUACAAAAUGGUGAAGGCCAUCAAGUGGGUAGAUGAGAUUGUUCAGGGAGCUCCUUAUGUCACAAUACUGGAAACUCUGGAUAAAUACAACUGUGACUUCUGUGUACAUGGGGAUGACAUCACACUUACUGCAGAUGGCAAGGAUACUUAUGAGGAAGUGAAGAAAGCUGGGAGAUAUAGAGAAUGUAAACGCACCCAGGGAGUGUCCACUACAGAUCUGGUUGGCCGGAUGUUGCUUAUGACCAAGGCCCAUCACAGCAACAUUGCUGAAGAAACAGAUUAUCGGAAGCAUGCAGAUAACCUAGGAAAGUGCCCUAAAGGUCACAGUCCCUGGACUGGAGUUUCUCAGUUCCUGCAAACAUCUCAGAAGAUCAUCCAAUUUGCAUCUGGCAAGGAGCCUCAACCUGGAGAUACCAUAAUCUAUGUGGCAGGCGCCUUUGAUCUUUUUCAUGUGGGUCAUGUGGAUUUUCUGGAGAGAGCACACCAAAUAGCAAAGCGGCCUUAUAUCAUUGUUGGACUGCACUUUGACCAAGAAGUGAAUCUCUAUAAGGGCAAGAACUAUCCCAUAAUGAAUGUGCAUGAACGAACUCUCAGUGUUUUGGCCUGUAGAUAUGUUUCUGAAGUAGUGAUUGGAGCUCCCUAUUCAGUCACUGCCGAUCUGCUCGAUCAUUUCAAGGUGGAUCUUGUGUGCCAUGGGAUGACUGAGGUGGUACCUGACAAGGAUGGAUCAGAUCCAUAUGAGGAACCUAAGAAACGUGGUAUUUUCCGGCUGGUAGACAGUGGCAACAAUCUCACCACUGAUCUGAUAGUGAAAAGAAUAAUUAAGAACAGGCUGGAGUUUGAAGCUCGGAAUCAGAAGAAAGAAGCCAAGGAGCUGGCUGUAUUGGAGGUCAUGAAAAGAAGGGAAGAAGCAGCCCAACAGAAGCUAGGUUUAAGGAACCAAGAAAGUUAGCAUGGGGAAGAGUGCUGCAGAAUCCUCUUCUUCUGGACCAGCAAACUUUCCUGGAGAAUAGGACACUGCUGAAUUAGGCCUGUGGUCACAGUUUUCCUGGCUUAAGUAAAUCAGUUGUCCAUAGAGAAGAGCCAGGUGGAUGCUGCUGUCUAGUUAAUUGAGAAGCAAUGUCUUUCCAAUAACCAGUUUAAAUUCUGAUGAAAAUUAGCAAACUUCUAAGGGUUUUAUCUACUGGCAUUCUUGGAACUAGGGAAUUCUCUCAAAUCAUCUUCUGAAAUUUAAACAUCUCACAAUAUCUCUUUAAUUUGUGCCUGCCAGAGAUAAUUUUCAAAUAUAUCAAAUCAUCCGUUCUGGAUUCAGAGUCCUUUGUAAACAGCAAUGGUUGCUAAAUGCCAUUAGAGGUUGUUCCUUUUCCAGGAAACAAGAUGCAGCCAAACUUGCCACUAUAUUUCCCAGCUAAGCAUACCUGGAAAGAAAGAACAGUAAUUGUAUACACUGCCUUACAUCUGGUGCAUUCAGAAUCUUUCCCUAUUGUAAUUGUGGAAGGAGUUCAGUGGACUUCUCUAAUUUCAGAUAAUGCUCUCCUUACUUUGUGUACAGAUAAGUCUGUUAAGGUCCAUAGCUAAGCAGGAGAGCUGCAGUACUAAUUGCUACCAUAGUACAAAAAUACAGUGAAAUCGUUAGAAAACUCACUGUGGCCAAAGUUACUUUUCAGAAGAUCCAUACUGACUACAAAUUACAUCCUGGAAAAGCAUAUUGUCCCUUGUUUAUAAAUGCUUUGUACUGUACUGCUAACUUUGGAUGCUUUGGUGAUGAAGCUUACUGCCUAAAGUUUCUUUCUCACACAUGAUGGGGAACACAGGAGGGCCACAUAUGAGGAUGGGCUUCAUUCUCACCCAAACAGGCUCUAUUCAAUCUUGAUCUUGUAUAUUUUCAGCCAUGUUUAUUAAUAAAAUCUUAAUAACUAGCAUUUACAGUUGAAGUCUGAAAUUAAGGCUAAAAGGACUGAAAGAAAAACAGUUGAAACUUAACCAACCAAAGGUUUAUGGACUAAGCAAAUCAGUACUUGAGGAAUUUCUUUCAUUUGCAGUGUAAAAUACUUCAAUAUAGUGAUUAGAAAACACAUGAUCGUUUAUCCCCAUACUACCUUUACAUACAUUCUCUAGAGCACUAGAUGACCCCUCCAUACAAUGUUAGCUGUUAACUGAUACAGUAAAAUAUAUAUGUCAAAGUACAGAAUAUUUAGCAUAUAAAGUGAAGACAGGAGUUUCCAAGGGCAACCUUUUAUUAUAUUAAUAAUGAUUAUUCAAAAAUAGCUAGAAUUUGUUCUACUGUGGGAACGACAUGAGAUAAACUUUAUAUCUGCAGUUGCUGUGAACUACAUGGAAUGAGGUAUCAAACUUAUCCCCAAAACAUUUUUUCUUUUACUGAAAUGUAGCUUGAGGGACUACAUUUGAUCACAGCAGGAACAGAGAUGUACUUCUUAACUAUUUCUCCAUUCCCUUACAUUUGAGGGGAAACUCAAAUGUAAAUUCUUUUGAUUGGACAAUUUCUGCAAUUAUCCUUGAGUUUAUUUGCAAGUUUCCCAAGAUAACCUCUAACUGCUAUGAAAACAUCUUUAAUUAAAGGUCUUAUUUUUCUUGUACUAGGCACUAUGUAUCAAUAGAAUUUCAUAGCUGACAUUUUGAAGGAGAGAGGAUGCAGAACUUCCUAUACUAAAUUAUCCCAAAAAUCUAGAACUCCAGUAAAAGCAAUAAAAGAAGUCAUAAAAUGACAAUAAGUUUGUAUUCUGUUUUAUGCAUACGAUCAUAUAGAGGCAAAUAAUUAGUAUAAUUUAAAUAGAAAUACAAUACAUUUCCCUUUAGUAAGAAAAAAAAUUGACAAAGAUUUUGGAGCUUGUUUAGUCUGUUCUCCAGAUAACUAUUAAUAGAUAACUUCAAAACCCCUAUUCUUUUGAUUCUUUAUCAUGUCAGCCAGCAGUUCUUCAGUUUGACAUGCUUUUAAAUGGAUUUUUUUCCUUUGUGAAAUAAGACAUGUGUCAAUCUAUUUAAUAUCAGACUCUUGCUGUCCAUCUGUACAAGAGGAAUGACCCAGUCAAGGCUCCUGUUCUCCUUUCCUGGACCAAUAUCCUACCCAUUGGCUGCUUUCGUUAGACCAGCCAUAUCCAACCUGUGGGCCGCAUUCGGCCCUGGACAGUAAGUUAUGGUCCCACAAGAUUGUAAUUUUAAAAAUAGGAAAAAUUAAGGAAGUUUGUUAUUUACAUACAUUAAUUACAUUAUACAUUUUAUAUAUGUUCCAAGACAAUUCCUGUACACUCAGUAUGGCCCAGACAUGCCAAAACGUUGGAUGCAUUUCUUCAGACCUUUCUUUCCCUUUAAAUUAACAAAAUAGCUUGUCUGCCCAGAAACUUCUAUCCUUCUGAAUCCUGUUUGUUUUUAAUCUUGAGCUUGUUAUCAUUUUUGAAUUAAUUUUUCUGAAAUAUGAGACUCCUUGAGGCUUUUACCACAGUGAGAAUUUUUGAAAGGAUUUGUCAUUAAAUGCAAAUAGUGCAAUACAAAAAUGUUAAAUCUACCUCAGGCUGCAUAUUUCCAUAGGAAGAGGUUGCCCCUGGCAGCCAGUUGUUUGAAAUUGUUAUUAAAAUGUCAGAUUUAUUUAAUUUCUGUCUUCCCGGGUGGUCAGAGUCAGAGUCUGAAUCUGGAAUUUCAGUUUACCUCAAUCAGAGGCAAUGAGCAAUGGCUGGCAGAGCUAGAGUUACUCACAACACCUUAUUGCUGUUUUAUAGCCCAAAAUCUUUUGCAUUUUACAUUUCCUUGCUCUCUAAGUGCCAGGAGUCCCUUUUUUUUAUGUUGAUGUUUGUUGAUAGGUUGUUUCUGCCUUGGGGAAUGAGAGCGUAGGGUAAUAAAUUAUGGGAAUGCUUUGUGAAUUUCAAAUGUCAAGGCUGUUUACUGCUUCCCGGCUCAAUAAACUUUUGGAACUUGG